UUCAUGUUCUCUUUCAUUGGGGAAGGAUGGCUACAGCUGCAUGUAUGAAGCCCAGCUGGGUAUUUUCCCAACGUUUGCUGAUUUCAUGGAAUUCAAAAUUAGCCUGUGUGAUCUUGAAAAAUGUGUACCUUUGACAUCCAAUUACAAACCAGCACAUCACAUCACACCAAUCACACCACAUAAUGUUACACUGCAGCAUGAAAAUGGGAACUAUACCUUUGCAUGGAGAAGUGGAUAUGAGAUGCAUGAAUAUGUUACGAGCUUGCCUUUUGAAUACAUUCUGAGAUACCACCCAGUGGGAGAAUCGACUAUGAAAGAACUGCAUACAAGAAAAACCGUGUACACAAUCCCGGAGAGACAUUUUGAUCCAGGGACCGAAUACACUGCUAAGGUGUAUAACAAAAUAAGUAAAAGUGAAAAAUAUAAUGGGAAAUUAAGUCAGGGGAGCAGUGAAAUCAGAUGGAGAUCUCCAAAUGGCAGAAAAGGGUAUGAAAAACUUGAAGGAACUGAAGUAACAGCUGUGAAGGAAAUUGUCAUUCCAAUUUGUAUGGCAGUCGGACUGAUCUCUCUGUUGUUAUUCCCUGUUGCAAGAAUGAAGAUUAAAAAGAUCAAAUGGCUAAAAACACCAGCUCCAUACAUCUCACCACUGAAGCAUACAGCUCAGAGAAAUCUCCAGCAGUGGCUGGCCAAAGGUCACGUGCAACAAAUGUACAGAGAGGAAAUUUCAAUAAUUGACACAAUAACAGCGAUUACAGCCAAAUCGAAGAUUCAAGAAUGUACCUCAGACAUAUAUUCCCAAAUUCACACGCCUUACGUGGGUCCUUUAACAGAAGUCUGGGCAGCCUGUCUGAGGCCGAGCUCACACAUCACUGCUACCAAUCCUUGUAAGGAUCUUACUUUUCUGCCUGAUGACAUCGGCGACAUUAAUGAAACCCUCAACUUUUUGAGCACAGAUGACGUUGGUGAAAGUUUUGUGUCUUUGGAUGAUCUGGAGCCCAGCUUUGAGAUUUGCAAGCCGUCGGAAGCAUUACCUUUUACACCGAACCCUGUGUGUUUUAUUCAGAAUUACUGCACUUUGAAUAUCACAGCCAAUGGAUUUAUUCCUACAUUUUGCACAGUGCAGUGUGUUCCUAAUCUGGAGUUAGGACUGAACAGUCCUACUUCCCCUGGUUUAUUAAAUAUGCAGAUAGAGGAGAGUACACCAGAAUUGGACACAGUGACUCUGGACAAUUUGCAGCUGUCUAUUGAAGAAUGACCAAAGUACUGGGACACCUCACGUUUCCAGCCAUAUGUGGUUCGUCCCC